AUGCUCCCCAAGCGCCUCCUUACCAUUCUCCUCGCCUCCCUCGCCUCUCUGGCUUCUGCAUCCUCCAACGCCGCCCUCACCAACUCCCUCUCCAAACUCUCCUCCAUCCAAUCCCAUCUCGCCCUCCUAACCGAAUCCCUGGACUCCUACAACGGCGGUGUCUGGGGCCUGCUCAUGCUCGCCAGCCGCACCGACCACUUCCACAAAAUGGGCAUCAAGCCCGUUGUUGCGGCGCUGGUGCAGGGUAUUAAUGAUGAGAGGAAUGUGUAUAAGAAGACGAUUGAGGAGAAGAUGUCGAGUGAGAAUAUCACGGCAAUGGUGGCACAUAAUGAGGAGGUGGAUAAGACGAUGAAGUUUGUGUUUGGGUCUUUGAAGUCGCUUUAG